GCGCUCUAUAGCUGUAAAAGCUACAGCUAGCACAAUUGCAGGCACUAUAUGCGCAGGCAAAGCGGUGUCAUAACUUUUAGCUCCGGCGUCUUUCUUAUAUGCACACUUGGGGGGAGGGAAUACUUAAUUUAUUUCUUUCUAUAAGUAAAAGAAACAACAGCAGCAGCCGUGCCCCGCCGCGCGUCAACCCCCAGCGGAGCUGUCAUGUGGCAGGAGGCCCGCAAACAUGAGCGCAAGUUGCGCGGGAUGAUGGUGGACUACAAGCGCCGUGGGGAACGACGGCGAGAAUACUACGAGAAAAUUAAAAAGGACCCGGCCCAGUUCCUGCAGGUUCAUGGCCGUGCCUAUAAAAUCCACCUUGAUCCGGCUGUAGCUUUGGCUGCUGAGAGUCCAGCCAACAUGAUGCCGUGGCAGGGGGACACCAACAAUAUGAUUGACAGGUUUGAUGUGAGAGCACACUUGGACUACAUUCCUACUUAUACGCCUACUCUUAUGAGCACCACGACUCCAGAGCAGGAGAGUGAGGAGAGGAAGUGUAAUUAUGAACGUUACAGAGGCUUGGUGCAGAAUGACUUCGCUAGCAUCUCUGAGGAGCAGUGUUUGUAUCAGAUAUAUGUGGACGAGCUGUACGGUGGCCUGCAGAAACCAAACGAGGACGAAAAGAAGAAGCUUGCUGAAAAGAAGGCUCAGAUCGGCUACACGUACGAGGACAGUACAGUCACAGAAACCGACGCACGGUCAGAUAAAGGGGAUGAGGAAAACUCUGAGAAUAGCGAGUCUGAAGAGGAUGAAGUCAUUCCCGAUAUUGAUGUUGAGGUGGAUGUGGACGAACUAAACCCAGAGCAGGUGAUGGAGCUGAACAAGAUGGCCACUCCUUAUGGCAUGGCGGAUGGAGACUUUGUCUGGAUGUUGAGAAAGGACAAGGAGGAAGUGGAGGCCAUAAAGCAUGCCAAAGCGCUGGAGGCAGAGAAGGCUAUGUACUCGGGUCGGCGCUCACGCAGACAGAGGAGAGAAUUCAGAGAAAAGUAUAUGAAAGGCAGACAAAUCAGCCCUCCGAGUUAUGCCAGACGAGACAGUCCGACCUAUGACCCCUACAAGCGGCCCCAGUCUGAGUCAAGCUCAGAGUCACGCUCUCGCUCGCGUUCCCCAGGCACUGAGAAGAUCACCUUUAUCACCAGUUUCGGGGGCAGUGACGACGAGGGCGCUGCAGCUGCACAAGCCCCACCUACUGCCCAGUCAACCCACGCUCCUUCCAACCCUGCAGGUCAUAGCAGGGGCUCCCGAAGAAGACGCUCCUCCUCCAGCCGAUCAUCCUCCUCCUCACGUUCUUCAUCACGCCGCUCAUCUCGUUCUUCUUCACGGUCCCGGCGUGGUAGGCGUACACGUGGAGGCCGUGAUAGAGAUGGACGUCGUUCCCGCUCCCGUUCACACUCCCGCCACCGCUCACACUCUCGGUCAUGGCAACGCGGAGGACGAGGAAGCAGCUCUAGGAGACGGUACGAGAGAACACGCUCUCGCUCCACAGACCGGGACAGGGAUAGAGGAAGGCACUACACAUCACGGAGAAGAACAAGGUCCCGGUCUCGCUCUCGCUCAGGUGAUCGUGGUCGCCGUGGUGGCCGGAGUUCUGGGUACAAGAGAGGUGCCAGCAGUAGCCGAAGCCCAUCUCGCUCACUUCCUGCCAGUCACAGCCCCUCCCCUUCCUCUCGCUCUGCCCAUCCUGCCGCCACUGCUUUACCGGACAAACAGAGAAAGCCUGAAACUCCGGGUGGUAAAGAGACGGGAGCUGCCAAAGAUGUUCUCUGGCAUCGUGUUCUUAUAUCAGCAUGUCCCUUACAGCCCAAGUUGACCCCCCAAGAGAAGCUGAAGCUGCGCAUGCAAAAGGCCCUCAACAAGCAGUGCAAGGCGGAUAAGAAGGCAGCACAGGUUAAAAUCCAGCAGCAGGAGCACAAGCGGCAGGAACGAGAAGGAGUGCUGAGAGCAAUGGCACGCAAGAUUCGCAUGAAGGAGCGAGAGCGGAGAGAGAAGGAGAGGGACGAGUGGGAAAGGCAGUACGGCCGCCAGAGUCGCUCGCCUUCGCCCAAUUCAAAAUACAGUCGGGAUUAUGGCUCAUACAGAAGAAGGUCCCGUUCCAGAUCAAGGAGUCCAUAUUAUCGGUACUGACCACCAAAGCCCAUCACUGUGAGAGGACAGUGGAUUUAGGAAGAAGCAAACAAGCAGACUAUUUAAGGCACAUAUAUGAAAAGAAAACUGAAGGGUAGUUAGGAGUAAUCUAGGCUCCUGACCUUGCAUUCUCUACUUAAAGGUCAGAAAUACCCUGUGGUAUAGGUGAAUGUCUGAUUAAAAAAAAAAAACGAAAACACAUUUUCCUCCCUCACCCUGUUUAACAGAGAAUACAGAGGUAGAGAGAUACCUUAACUUUAAGAAUGGAAGAAAAGUCCAUUUACGAAUGUGAAUUGCUUUUGCAGAGAGAUAAGCUGUAUAUAGGAUUAAUUCAGUCUGGUCUGUGUGGUCAUUUUGUAUAUCUCCGACUGACUCUUCCCAUCACAGAAAUGAGAUUCGUCUCGAAAAGGAACAAAAAAACGCAUAUGAAAGACCCAGACUCACCUUUGUAUAUAAUGUAUUCAUCUAAGAAUGUCACAAACACUUCAAAUGCACGAACACUUCAAACCUGUGGUGGGAAACAAUUCACUCACACUGUAAAUAUCAGUCUGCCAUAAAGAGUGCUGUUUUACUCCGAAUAGACUGCAAUAUGCUCAAGUCUGAAAUGCUCAAAUAAAAUGCUUCCAAAGUUA